AUGGGGACGAUAGUUGGCAAAGAUCGCCAACCACAACCACCGUCCAAGACACUUGCACGAUCAAUUACAGUUAAAAGUAAUGCUAGCAUACUAUCUAGUGAUUACUAUGAUCCAACGGAAGAAUCCAAUGUCUCUGUCAGCAAUCUCAUCGUUUCUUCCUUAUCCUUUAACAUCCAUAAUGCUGUAACUUAUGAGCAAGCAUUAACCAAUAUGUGGCAAAAUAUGCCUAAUAAACCUAGAUUAUCAUUUGAAGAUGCUUUCAAGGCUGAACCAACUACAGUGGUUGAAUUUUGGAAAUUAAUUCGAGAUACAAGUUAUAAAAGUGAUGUAAUUGGCGUAUCUAAGAUGUCUAGAGCAAGAAGAUGGAAAACAAUUCGAUUGUUCGUUUCUUCAACAUUCCGUGAUUUCCAUGCUGAACGAGAAGUACUAGUCAAAAAGGUAUUUCCUGAAUUAAGAAUAUGGUGUGAAGCACGUCGAUUUCAUUUAGUUGAUUGCGAUUUAAGAUGGGGCGUUCCUAAAGAUACUACAUCGGAAAAAACAAUACGUAUAUGUAUGAGUGAGCUUGAUCGAUGUUAUGAAGAUAAUAUACGACCGUUCUUUCUCAAUAUGAUUAGUGAUAGAGUAGGAUGGAUACCACCAGUAGAAGAAAUUUCUUCGUCACUAGCUCGUGAAUAUGGUUGGAUUAAAAACGCCUCAGUAACAGAAAUGGAAAUUAUUCAUGGAGCAAUUAGGAAAUAUAACCCAAAUGCAUUAUUUAUGAUGCGUGAUCCAAGCUAUCUGCACAAUAUGCCAGAUAAUGUAAAACAAGAUUUUAUUGAAGAAGAUGAUGAAGCGAUAGAGAAAGUCAAAGCAUUGAAGACUUGUUUGCGCGCUCGAUUUAAGCCGGAAAAUAUUAUCCGAUACCAAUGUGAAUAUAGUCAUAUUGACCCAGCCACAGGAAGAUCUGUUAUGACAGGGCUUUAUGGAGAUAAUUCUGUUUUUGCUAAAAAGGUACUAGAACAUUUUAAACAUCGAAUCUCCAAGCAGUAUCCCAUGAAUUGUAAAUCAAUGUCAUUAGAAGAAGCAUGUGAUGAAUCUCACGAGACAUUUUUAGUUAGCCGAUCGUCAGCAGUUUUUGGUCGAGAUGCUAUUCUGCAAUUGAUUCAAGAUUAUAUCUUCGAACAAAACGAUCAUACAAUGCUGACUGUAUGUGGCGAAGCUGGUGCUGGUAAGAGUGCAGUAAUUGCUAAAAGUGCUGAAAUUACAAUUGGAAAAUUAAAUCAAAGAUAUCAUCUGAUAGGAAAGAAAAAAUGGACAACUUUUUAUCAUUUUAUUGGUGCAGUGCCAGGUUCAACAGAUAUUGGAAAUUUGAUACAACGAUUUCUGAAAAGGAUGGAGUAUAAGGGCGAAAUUCCUACCGAUAUGGAUGCUUUAAUACGUUUAAUGGCUAAUGUUCUAUCCAGUACUUCAACUAAACCUGUCAUCAUAUUUAUUGAUGCCAUAAAUCAAUUGGACGAUAAUUUACAUGCCCAAUUAAUGACUUGGCUUCCUCAAGAGCCUUCACCUAAUGUUAAAAUUAUCGUUUCUGUGAUUACCGAUACAAUUUAUCAUAAAAAUUUAAUGCUAAGAGCUAAGAAACCCAAGGAAUUGAAUUGUGAUUCGCUUGAGAUGGAAGCAAGAGCAGAAAUCGUCAAGCAGUCGCUAGCCAAGUUUAACAAACAACUCGAUGAAGAACAAAUGGCUAAAUUACUGUCUAAGAAAGGAUCGUCUAAUCCUCUAUGGCUGUCUAUUGCAUGUGAAGAACUUCGUAUAUUCGGUAUAUUUGAUAAAGUUACGGAAAAAAUUGAUGGCUUAGCGGAUGAUGUUGUCAGUUUGCUAGAGCAAAUCUUAAUGUCAUUUGAACAAGAUAUUGGAGGAUCAUUGCUUGUGGCUACUGUUUGUUUACUGGAAUGCUCUCGAUAUGGUUUACUAGAAACGGAGUUGUUAUCCAUUUUAGGAGGAAUUGGAGACGAAUUAGAUUCCGGCACAUUUGAAACCAUAGGAACGAUAAACGGAAAUCUAACAUUUGAUGAGAGUCGUCCAUUACCAGCAGCAAUGUGGGCCAUCAUCUAUCGAUCAUUGCGACCAUAUUUAAGACCUUGUGGAGAUAGUGGAGAAGGUCGUCUGGACUUUUAUCAUCGCUCUGUCAGUAAAGCUGUAAGAAAAAGAUACUUUAGUGGAGAGGAAAGUCACAGAAAACAACAGUACAUUAAAUGGCAUAAAAUUUUAGCUGGUUAUUUUGAAACUGCCGACAAUAUUGAUCGAAAAGCGGAGGAACUGCCUUACCAUUUAGAGAAGUUAGACGAUCCUAAUCGUUUAGCUCGAUGCUUGCUAGAUUGGCCGGUCUUCAUGAAAUUGAGCAAGGAAGAAAAUAAUUCGAAUUUACUAAAAUUUUGGAGCAUGAUUGGAGGAUAUGAUGUAGCCGCUCAUUGGUAUGAAAAAGCGCUUGCUAAACUAGAACAGGAAGAUGGUAUUAAUGGUGCUUUAGCUGAAAAGAAGGAAUCAGUUACUCGUUUUCUAUGUCGUGCAGGCCAGCUAUCUGCAGCAAAAGGAAUGAUCGAAGAAGUGAUUGAUAUUGAAACGUCAUUAUUAGGUAAAAGAAACGAAGAGCUGGCUGACUUAUUGCAAUUAUCAGCAGAAAUUCAUAGCGAGAUGAUUCGUCUUGAGGGAUUUAUUGGUAAUCGCUUACAUAAAAAUCAUCUAACAGUUAUCGAGUUGGCACGUAACUCUAUUAAACAUAGGAAAUCGCUAACGAGUAGAGAACAUUUGUUUCAACUAGGAAAAACUGAGUUACUGCUUGCACUCCACUGUGGAGGUUUAGCAAGAACGGAGUUGACAGAAACUAAUGAUAGCAGGCCUAAAUAUAAAAAUGAAGCUGAUAUUCACUGCCAAAACGCUCUUAGAACAUUUGAAAAGCUGGCCGAUAUUGGGCAUGUUGCCGAAUGCUACAUGACUUCAGCGGUAUUUAUUUGCGAGCUAGGUUCUGAUAUCCAGCUAGAGACUUAUAAAAAAGCUUACAACUUAUGCAAGCAAGCAUAUGGGGAUGAUCAUAUCCUGAUGUUACGCAUUCAAAAUAAUAUGGGAAUAAUGUAUGAACAUAAAAAAGAAUAUCAGUUGGCUUAUCAGCAUUAUAAGCGGUGGUAUGAAAUUUGUAUCAAUGUGCUUGGACCUAAGCAUCCGAAAACAACAAUGGCCUAUAAAGUUCUAUUGCAACCUAAGUUUAAGAAUAUGACAAAUGAGCAAAAUAGUCAGCAACAAGAUCAAUCACAAUCAACAUUAAUACUAGAAAAUUUAGAUGACUAA